CAGAAAGUGUGACGUGAAGUGUUAGCGCUCAGAUUCUCAGAGAGGUCUGUUGAGGGACAGACGGCGCCCGCUUAUCACACGCGCACCCCUGAGAAACAACACCAGUCUCAUCUUAGGAAAGAAUUUAUAGACGUGGCGUCACUCCAAUUAAAUCAUCGCGGAAAAACAUGAAUCUGUUCUUACUUGCUACUCUUUUCUCAGUGGUUUUGGCCGAAAAAUCACCUCGGCUGAAAUUCACCGUGAUGGAGUCACCUCGGUUUCGCUUCAUGAAACCAGAGAACUACACAACGGUUUACCACCAACAGAAAACUGACGUCCUGUAUGUGGGGGGCCAAGGGGUCAUCUAUAAGCUCACCUUCAGUGAUAAAGGAGUCCAUGACAAACAGAUCCAUGCUGUAAUGGAUGAGAAUGCAAAAGAGACAUGUGUCUCUAAAUCACCAAUAUGGAAGCAAGAGUGUGAUAAUUUCAUCACAGUAAUUGAGAGAGUCGGCGAUUCAGUUGUGGUCUGUGGGACAAGAGCCGGUGCUCCUAAAUGUUGGCUCCUGGUAAAUGACAGUGUACUGACAGACAUGCCAGAGGAAACAGCAGCGUCUUACAUCUUGGCACCUUUCCCUUCUCAGCGCUCUGUCAGCCUGUCAGCAGAUGGGAAUCUGUACUCCGCUUUGUCAGCAGUUGCAGGACAAACUGGCUCUAUCCGCCGCACAUAUGGCUCCAAAAAGCAGCUGAAGACAGAAAAUAAAUGGUUACAGAAUCCCCAGUUUGCUGGAGCCGCUGUGAUACCAUACACAGAAAAACUCAAAGAUGAGAUCUAUUUCUUCUUCAGCGAGGUCAACAGUACAACCAGUCUAGAUGAAGAGCCAUACAGGGCUCGCAUAGGACGAGUCUGCAUGGUUGAUGAGGGAGGGCUUCAAAAUGUGCUGCCAAACUCCUGGACUACGUUCCUGAAGGCACGUGUGAUGUGUGGGAAAGCUGGAACUCCUGUACAGUACAACAACUUCAAGCAGGCUUUCGUUCUGUCCUCUACUUACCGCACUGGGUUGAUAUACGGCAUCUUCUCCAAUGCUUGGAACACUACUGUAGUGUGUGCAUACUCCAUUGAAGAGAUUGACCAAGCCUUUUCUAAAUCCAAUCUGAAGGGCUACAACUCACCUUUAUCAACUCCCCGUCCUGGAAUGUGUGCUUUUAGGAAUAACACUUCCGCUAAUAACCAAAAGAUCUUGACUGUGAUCAAGGAUCACCCUGAGAUUGAGAACAUGAUCAUGCCAGUCGAUGAAGCUCCUCUGGACCUGCCAGUUCAAGACCACUUCACACAUAUUGUGGCAGACACAGUCUGGGCUGUCAAUGAUGAACACUACAGCAUCAUUUAUCUGGGCACAGAGAAGGCAAAGGUCCUGAAGGUGCUCCAUGCCAUAGAAGGAGCCUUUAUCAUAGCACAGUACUCUUUAUUCCAUGAUGAUAGUCCCAUUAUCAACAUGGCCAUUGACUCUAAAAAGGGUCAUCUCUAUAUUGGCACAGAGCUUGAAGUCCAGCGCAUCCCCCUGGCUGAUUGUGGUCGUUACGGAGCCAGCUGCCAGGAAUGCAUCCUUUCACGAGAUCCAUAUUGUGCGUGGGAUGUGUUUAAGAAGAAAUGUACUGCAAUCCCAGCAGACUACACAUUUGGCACUGGAACUCUUGUUCAGACCCUUGACCACUCCAAUGCCUCGGUCUGUGGCUAUGUUACAGCUCCUAAGGCACGUAGCACCAUCCCCAAACAAGUUUUAGUGGAUAAAGAUGGACCCGUCCUGUUACCAUGCCCCGUGCGUUCCUAUCAUGCAACUUACCGCUGGGAGAAAGACAACUGCAUCAAGCAAUAUCCUUGCACUAUCUCCGGUUCCUCAUGUGUGCUGGCACCGACCCCUGACCUGCCACUGAAGGAGGGCGUUUUCCGCUGCAUGAUGGAGGAGAGCGGCCUGCAACAGGAGGUGGUGUCCUACAAGCUGGUGUUCAACGGUGGGCCCCUCUCCGCCUCACUAGCCUCCACCCUGGGGUCGGCUCUGCUGCUGGCUGGUGCGGCACAAUGGCUCCUGUAGAUCCAAUGAAUCCCGGGGGCUCAAAAGGAAAGAAGUUUAAUUCUAAGAUCAGCAGAGCAUGAGUACCUAGGCCGGUCCAACUUAAGUGCAGGGGAGCAGCUGGUCUCUUAUAAACUGUGUUUCUUAUUUCUUAUUCAAAGCAAUCACUAGUUUAUUAUUUUCUUCAAAGGGCCAAGAAAAUGCCUGAAAUUGUCUCUUUUUGCAAAAUGCUCUAUCAUACCAAACUCCAGUGUUAUUAUGUAUAACAUAAACUUGUGUAAGUGAACUAUUUCAUGCCAUCAGCCUGAAAGCAUUUAGACUUAUAUACUGUAUAUUAAAUAUCUAAUACAUUACUUGUAUUUGUACUGCAUAAUACAUUGCUUGCAAAAUGUUAGUGCCAUAAUUCAGAUGUUUCAGAGAACUGCUUUGCUAACUACACUAAUGAAAUGACAUGAAAUCCAGAUCAGUUUUUUUAACUUGAUUAGUUUUCUUAGUGACAUCACUUUUCAGUAAGGUUCAGUUACAUUAGUUAAGAAUAGGGUAUCUUGAACUAACUAUGAACAGCUUUUACAGCUUUUAGUAACCUAGGUUAAUUUACAACUAUUUAAUAUAUAAUAUAUAAUAUAUAGUUUGUUGUCAAUUCAUGAUUGUUCAUGAUAAAUAUUAAAUAAUGUUCAUUUGGAUAGACUGCACAUUAUAAAGGUAAAAAAAAGGCAACAACAACAAAUAAACUGCUUUAAAAAGCAAAGGAAAACUUUUCAGUCACAGCAGACCAUUUUUGCAAUUUUUCAGAUUAUUGUGAUUUAUGCUCCCAGACAUUUUUUAGGCAUGGUGAGUUUGGUUGAUUCUUUAUGUAAAGAACUUGAGAUGCUAAAAUGUAUUAAGAAAUUAACAUUUUAUUAAUUUAAUUCAUGCUGUUCAUUUUUUAUUCAUAUACCUAAUGAUUUAACAAAAUUGAACCUUAUUUUAAAGUGUUACUUCUCGUUGGUAUGUAGAAUUGCUGAGUUACAGAUGUGUUAGAUGUGCGAGUACAUGCUGAAACGUUAAUAUACUGUUAUAAAUCCUUCAAAUUUCCAUUGUGUGCCAUUAGAACAGCUUUGAAGCCUUAAAACGAGGAUGAGUUCCUUUUAAGCUGUAAGGGUCACAUCCUAAGCACAACUUGCAAACUAAGCAGAACCUGCAGAAUCUGCUGACUUUAUCUUUCCAUUGAGUCAUUCCGACCUGAAGCAGAACGUUAUUUCAGCACGACUUCAGGACUGCAUAUAGUUGAUUUGUUUGCGCCUGUUUAGCAAGUUUGAAAUCACUUAACAAUUAGAAAUGAGAACUGGAAAACAAAUCCAUACAAAACUGACACAGAUUCGAAUGCUUUUGCUUAGUGGGUGGAAAGGAAUAAUAACCAGAAUCCUUUAUAAUCAGUUUAUCUCAAUACAUCAAUUUGUUUAACAUACAGGCAUAAACACUCAUGCAUCCUUGAUGUCUGUACUUUUCAUGCUCAUGAAGUACAUUUUAACAUUUUAUAUUCAAAUGAAAUAAGUUUAAGUACAUGUAACAUGGAGCUGCAUUUUGUAGUCGCAGUGUACAGAGGCUCAAUUAUAAUGUUUUAAUUGUAAUACUCUGCAUAUGCCAUUCUUCACCAUUGCUGCCUAUGGGAAUAGAAAGUAUUCCUGAUGGAUCUAAACAAUCAUCCGGCACUAAAGUGUUCAGAGUGUAAAUCUGUCCCCAUUUUUCAUCAUAACAUUUCAUUUGAUCAUGACUUCAGCCGAUAAAACUUUAUAGGGGUUAUCUUAUACACAUUACAAAAAGGAACAAACAAAAGAUGCUCAUACAGGAACGACCUAACACACUUAUUAAUCGUCAUCUGCACCCCUAACACACACCCCACCACUAUUUCUGUUUUUUCUCUCCUGCUCUCUCUCAGAGCAACUGACCCCAAAUGCCAAUUUUGUCUUUAACCUUGUUCUUUCCUCGCAAUAUUGAGUGUUAUGAACGAAUUGAUCACUAAUUAACCAGAAGUGCAUUGUAUUUCAGAUGAUGGAUGCUGUGACUCUUUUUUGUAUUUAGUUAUGUAGUUAGCAGUGUUGUAGCAGUGUUGGUUUAUGCAUUAGUGCAUUACCUAUUUAUGCUAGUGUGUGCUACCCUUCUGUUUGCAUGCUGAAUGCCACAGCACUGUCACCCUCUCUCUGUACUCGUACCUCUGUCUCUUGGCCUAAAUGAAGGAACGUUGCAGUGCCAAACCAAUGUUGUGUAAUUAUCAUCAAAGAGCUUUUCUAAAUUUUCCACUGUGCUUUGAAGCCAGACGUUUACCUUUCUGACACGCAUAUAUCUAGACACAUGCACACACUCUAAAAUACUUCAGGCAGUGUAAGCGAGACAGGGUCCUGUGUCUGUAAACAACGGUUAUAUGUUUAGUUUUUUUUUUUACUCUGUAACUAGUUUGCAAAGGUAAUUUGUGUUUUUAUUUUCUGUCUGUCAUUUGCUAUGCCAUUUUUUUUUUCUUUUUUGCCCGAGGCAGGGAGUGUUUUCUCAUGUAGGGACACUCAGCAUGGUCUACUGUUCAAAAGCAUCUUGCAGUUGUGUAAGCUUGCACUUAAUAAUUAAUAUUUAUAACUGGUUACCAAAUGUCAUAGCAGUUUUUUUCUAAAGGGACUGAAGACAUUGUAAAAUACAGAAACAUUGAAUAAUACAUUAAAUGUUUCCCUGAAAAUGUGCAUUAAAAUAAAUAACAAAAAAUCUA